AUGUCAGACGCCAAUCAUCUUAGCGGACCUCUUAGGAAACGAAAGUUUUUUUCAACUGGUUCAAAAGGUCAUUGUUUGUGAUUUGUGAUUGGUGGAUUUCGAUCCGUUUUGUGAGUUUCUGUGUUUCAAGGUUUGUUGCUUGUGAUCUUAUUGUGACCAAAACCGGACGUUAAUAUUCCAAAUAUUUUUGAUAGAUUUCAUCCAUGGACUUCAGACUUCCAAAUUUCGAUGCGGCAAAAAUACUAAAGAUUCAGAUUAACUUUUGAGAUCGUAAAAGUGCGAUAAAGUGCCGUGUGUUUACUGUUAGCAGAGCUUUCUUUCCCACAUGCCACUCAUGCCAUGACUUUCGCCUCGCUUCGCUUGUUUACUAGCCUUGUUUACGAUAGCACGUAUUGCGUGCCUAUUGCACAUUUGCGUCAAAACAAGCCGUUUCCAUUACUCUAUUUGGGCCACGCCCAAAUAAUAAUGUAACUUAGCAAGUAACAGAUAUUACUUCCUCAAGGAUAUAUGGGCAAACUAGUCGGUUCACGAUUUGGGAAAAUUGCAGAAUUAGGGAGUUCAAGCAAUUCUUUCGUCCCGGGCGUCAUGAAUGACAAACAGUUGUUUGUCUUCAGUUCGCUCUAUGAAACACUUCUACCUGACAUAACAAGUUUGACAGUUUUUGUUUUAAUUAUUGUAGUAUGACGUUAUCGAGUCAAACAAUUAAAAAAGAGAAAAGAACGACUUAUGGUUGUUACUUCUGACGUACGGGAUGUCACCUUUGUCGUUACCUAAGCUCGGCUAGGACUAGUAACUUUCAACGAUUUGGCAAACGCGUUUACCAUUUGUACAAAUCAGUCCGAUUUAUGGAAAAGCAGAUGCAAACUAUCCUGAAACUGGCAUCAAUGGUGGCGUCGCGAAAUGUCGGUUUUUUUCUCAAGCCAUGCAAACACUUGCCAAAAGCAUAACAAGAAAGGGGGAAAGCCAAGGUCUCAUAACACAAGGCAGGAAAAAAAGAAACAGGGAACCCAACCGCUACACAGACGUUCCUUUUGUUUCGAAAACGUUUCACUGACAUCACCCGUUUUCCGUUUACUUUCCAACCGGAUAUAGUACUUGAAAACAUUUGCAAAUGAUGAAAAAUUAUGGACCUGAAAUCAGGGUAUUGCUAUAGUUCCUAACCUACAAGAGUGCCAUUUGAUAUAUAUAUAUAUAUAUAUAUAAAACAACAUUUCCACCUUACCUGGGAAGGGUUUGUCCUUAAGGUGGUGGAGGGCGGUGAACUCAAUGGGGAUGAGGCCCAUGGUGUGGUGGAUGGUGUGGAGGCCCAUGCGGUGGAGGCCCAUGCGGUGGAGGCCCAUGCGGUGGAGGCCCAUGGUGUGGAGGCCCAUGGUGUGGGGGACCAUGGUGUGGUGGAUGGUGUGGAGGCCCAUGCGGUGGAGGCCCAUGGUGUGGAGGUCCAUGGUGUGGGGGACCAUGGGGUGGCGGUCCAUGGGGUGGAGGCCCACUCAUCCUAGAAUUUUCGCUAACGUAACUAACAAAACGUAAAGCACGUGUAGUUUGUUAGAAAAUAAGACUUGGCCAAAAGAGGCGUGAAAAUAAUUUUACUUAAUUUCUACUUUAAAAUUAACUUAGUUGGAUUAUUGUUUUUGUUCAUGUUGGUGUGGAACAAAUUUCACCUUUUAAAGUCAUUAUAAGUCAUGAAAGAUUCAAGUUUAACCUCGAAUACUAUAUAGAAAUUUGUGACAAGCUUAGAGUUACAAUAAUUAGUCCAGGGCCAUGUGUCAGAAAAAUCGUUCUCGUGGGCAUUUUAAGAACAUUAAAGUUUCUUUGCAGAAACUUACAGUUUGAAUGGUGCUGAGUCGAAAAAAAGUUGUCUGCAAUUUUUUCAGAGCCAUUUAGGCCUGUUUUAUUUAAAUUAGAUAUGACGUCAUUAUAUAGCUGAUGAAUGACAACAAAAUUCCUUCAGUUUGAUUCGCGACGUUUUGAAUCAAAUAUAAUAAGUGCAUUUACAACUGCAGUUUACAUUACAUUUUGACUGUUUCAAGGAAUGAACGAAUGGACCAAAUAUUUAAAGCAAGAUACACGGGUUGUCAUUUCAGAAACAUCUUUUCUUUUCUCCAGUUAUUUACUACAUCUUUUAAUGAAUCCCCUUUGAAUUUACGAGUCCAAUUCUCCAGCUUUUUAAAGUUCUCAUUCUGUUCUCUGCCGAUUUUUAAACACCUGAAAAUAUAUGGUAUAAUCCUGUCAGAGUCCAGCUAGAAAAGGCAUGCGUUUUGAUGGUCUCCCCGUGGUUUAAAACUCAACACCUUAUUUGUUUUCAGGUUAUUCUUCCUCUCGUAUUUGAUUUUAGUGUGCGAAGGCAUAUUUACCUGACGACUACUACUGUGUAUGCGAUUUAUCUGGAAAAAAACGCAAGAUUAUCGAGUUUUAUUUAUUUGUUGUUAUCAAUUUGCCGCAUUAAAACAAUACAUUCACUAAUAAAAUUAAAUGGGUGUAUACUAUGUUUAGGAAGGUCCCACACUUAGACGACCUGUUUUUCUGAAUCGGCGAGAUGCACAUGAUCAUGCACGAGGACCUCUUAACGCACUCUUGGGGCAUCAAUCGAGUGUAGUUGCUUUUACGAAGAAUGGAUAGCGGCGGGGAUAUGGCUCAAAUACAAUGCGGUAGAUUCUUGAAGGGGAACGUAUGAAGCGUACUCAGACCUCACAGCAUAACAGACUCUGCUCUGAGUGAUUUGCAUAUGGAGGCAUUUUUGAAGAGCGAAGCCGAUUACACAAAUCUAAUACUAGCAUCCUUUGCCGUGAAAAUCAUCUGCCAGGAAGGUCGAUAAAGAGAGAGAGGGUCGAAACACAACGCAAAGACUUUUUAAUCGCGAUGGAAACCGACGGGCUUCAAGAGAAGCUUUUGCGAUUUAAUAAGGUCAUGGAGUCUCCGUGUUACUACUAAUCCAAGUUUGCACAGGACUACAUGAAGUUUGUGAUGUGUAUCCUGCUGUUCAUACGCGCAUCAAGAGAGGGAGACUGGAAUCUUCACCUUGAGUCCCUCAAGGCUUUGGCACGGUAUUUCUUUGCUCAAGGCAGGCUGAGUUUUGUACGAAUGGUGCCACUAUAUACAUCUAGCGCAGAUGCACAGGUUUAAGAUCGAUGAUCCCGAUAUUUGCCUUGAAUUCAUGCAAAGAAACUUUUGUAUAACCAAGAAGGAGCGCCCAUUCUGUGCAAUUGGUCCGGACCAUGCUAUAGAACACGUCAACAAGUUGAUGAAGGUUCGGGGAGGACAGAGCAACCAGCAGCCAUGGCAAGAUGGUUCCUUGUGGCACCAGAACUGGGUCGACGUGCGGCGCAAGCUGAGGACAUGGUGGGAUUACAAAGAGCUUCAUCAUCACACCAUCAUGAUUUAAGCGAUGUGCUAACAAAGCGCUAUAACGAGAAUGUACAGAAGCUUAAAGAUGUGCUUUAAGUGAGUGACCCUUUCGCGACAGAAAGUCAUCUGGUUGGUGAACAUCAUCACAAAAGCAGUUAUGCUAGAUUACAUCAAGGAGGGAGUGCUAAUGCAAAAUGACAUCGGUCAGGCGCAUUUUGGCACAUUAGUUUGUUCAAGCAAAAAUCGUCGAGGCCCCAAGAAAAAGACACAUCUCAAGUCAUGGAAGUUUGCUUGGCAAACAAAGAAAAAGAAAACAACUAGUGGAAUCGAACCCUUAAAGGAUGGCCGAGGUCUCUUCAAACGUUUCUUAGUUUUUAUUCUCUCAAGGCCUGAUCUUCACAUGGAGGAUACCAUAAGCACUUUUAAGUUAGCUGAGUUUCCGAGUACACCCUUCUCCUCUGCUGGCAGUUUGCUACACUGCAUUGACAAGAGCAAGCUGAUUAACAUCCUAGAAGGCCUUCUACCCCAUCAGUAGCCACAAACGCCUACAGCACAACCUCGCUCUCCAGACCCUUUCAGUACACCUUUGGUAAUUUUUUAUGCCAUUGCAGCAGUUCAGUCACUGAGAACGCCAUUGUGGGUAAGAAACAAGCGUGACCUAGCAAGCCAUUUCACAGAAGUCGUUGAUGCUAAGACUAAUGUUUCCACCGAGGUUCAUGUUGUAUUUGACCGCUACUAGAUCCCCUACUCCUUAAAGGAAGUAACGCGCCAGUUUAACGACUGGUUACAAACAGAGCAGGGAUAUACAAUGAUUACUGUCGAUGUUGUUAUUGAAAAGACUAGUAUGAAAGAUCUUUUGAACUGCAACCAGAAUAAGGAGGCACUGGCUAUAAUACUUGCAAAACAACUCAUCGAGUGCAAGAAAGACUCGCAGAUGAUGUAUGUAGUAAAUUCUAAAGGUGACUGCAUGACAUCUAAUACUGUACCGAUUCAACACUUAAGGAGUGAGCAGGAAGAAGCGGAUACCCGUAUGUUCCCGCAUGGUCUAGACGCCACAAAGAGAGGAGAAACGUCCACAUUCAUUGAAAGCCAAGAUACAGAUGUACUCCUUCUGAUGCUCUGGACUUACAAGAGACUUUGUCUGGAUACUACAUUGACUGCAGAGACAGAAGGAAAAGGAAGAAGUACUCCAGCAGGACCACUCUACGAGGUGAUCGGAGAGGACCUCGUGAAGGCUUUACCUGGCUUUCACUCUUUUUCAGGAUGUGAUCAGACAGGCACCAUCAGUGGAAAAAGCAAAGUCUGUUUUUCGAAUAAUCUAAAGAAAGCCAAACGAUGGAUGCUCGAUGCCUUCUCUAGCCUAGGAAACAGCGACACCAUCCCAGAUGAUAUGUGCAUAAAGCUAAAGCGCUUCGUCUGCCAGUUGUACAUCCCAUCGACACAGCUGAGAGAGCCCUAGGAGAGGUCAGAUUCUUCCUUUAUAGCAAGAAACAAUAAGUAGAUAAACCGCUAAACCCUACUAAAGCAGCCGUACACAAGAUGACAAAAUGAGCUAAUCUCGUUGCAUUGGUAUGGAAGUGUUGCGACAACCCAAUACUAGUAUUCCUAGCCCAACGUUACACGGAUGGCAACAAGAUGGAGAUGCAGCCUGUUCCAACCACACUCCCUACCAGCACCUUUGGCCGUUCUGCAGCUGAUCCAGUGUGGAUGAAAUUCGCAUGCAACACAAUGGGCUCUACGUGCAGGAAGCAAAAACUCUAAUGCCCAGAUAUGUCUGGUUCAUGUAAAGUGAAACGUACGAACAGGAACUUUAACACUGACACAGUUAAGCAUGUUAGAACGGAUAACAGUGACGAUGAGCACCAUCAAAUCUAGUCCCAUCAGCUAAGAAUUCCAAAUUUUCGGAAAAGGCAUUAUAGAGGCUUUAUAUGAUAGAACAGACUUAAAAGCUGGCUUGUACACAGUUUCUUUUGCAUUAUGUGAGUGAUUUCAGCCAUGUAUAACAAAGCCAAACUUGAGUACCCUGUGUUUUAGGGGUCAUGAAAGUAAUUUGCAUAAAUUAAUCUUACAUGACUUCGAAAAAAUUGCAGACAACUUUUUACGAUUUAACACCUCUUUAACUUUAGAUUUCUUCCAAGAAACUAAAAUGUUCAUGAAAUGCCCACGGGAUUACACAUGGCCCCGGACUAAAUAGUAGGUUUAAUGAAGUUAUGAAUAAAUGAAAAUCAUAUAUGAGAACAAGAAUUGCAUGAUCCCAGUUAUCGACGCAACUUUUUUAGUUGCAAAAAGAAAGUCUGAAAAAAUUUAGGCUUGUACGGGAUUCGAACCCUUGACAGUAGUAAUAGACGAGGGGUUCUACGCAGUGGUGGAGGUGGUGGAGUGACGUCACAAUAGCUCAGGGGAUUAAAAUGAUGAGAUCAUCAUCUAAAAAUAGAAAGGUAGUCUGUAUAACAAUCUAGGGAGUUGACGUCAUCAAAAAACGAUGAGAUCAUCAUCAAAAUAAUCAUUUAAUAUGGUAACUGGUGAGAUGACAUCAUCAGCUUAAUUAAAUUAGAAAGGGUUUUUUGACAUGGUCAGCUAUUUUCUUUAAUCUAUUACAUCAUUAUUUAUCUUUAUCUUUUUAAGACCAUAUGAAUGAAGGUUAUUAUAAUUAUUAAUUAUUAUCGUCAUUCAAAACGAAAAUGGGUAUUAUUCAGUCUUUCAUAAGAAUAAAGCUUAAUUAUUAUCGUAUGAUCGCGAGGGUCAUAGUUCCCCCCUCAAAAGAAAUAAUGUUUCUCAAGAAAACAUUUUGCGACCUCCCAGGGUCAACAAUUUCCAAGCUGAAAGAACUCCAUUCUGAAGUAUUUCUAAAAGUUAAUUUGGGCAGACUCUUGGUGUUCUUGAAAUUUGCAGAGGAUCUGGAACUGACGCAGGAAGAAUGGGGACAAUUAUAUAUUGCUGUUAUUCAUCCCACUUUAAUAAUCAAAUUUGAGAGCUGUAAUAUGAGGCGAUGAUGUAGGCAGUAAAAUCAUGUAAGACUCGAACAUUGCGAUGUGAUUAGAGCGAUGGGUUGUUGUCCACCAUCGACCACUUUUGGACAUCGUUAGUCGGUUCAUUAUGCGAGUUCGCAAGCCCACCGCUGCAUACAAAUUAGUACAGCUCUGCAGGAAAAGCCCCAAGAGAGAACCUUCAAGUGACUUAUUAUCAUAAAAACAAUAAAAACAUAAAACAACUUAACAAGGAUCAAUUGAAACACGCGACUUACAAUUGUGAGCAAUAGAGUUUUUAAAAAACUUUAUUAAAAACCAAUAACAAAAAGAGCCAAAAUACACAGCGAUUUGAAAGGAAAAGGAAUGAAAAUUAAUCCUUUGACUGACUAUUACAAAUUCGUUUUCUCCGUUUUAUUACGAGGAAUAAUAAAUAAUCCUUCCGUGUCUACACAGUUUUCCUAUAGCCUCUAAGCCAAGAGUUCGACUUUCUUUGUUUCUUUCGGUUUGUCUUGUUCUUUAAUUGUAGUUGUUCUUUUAGCUUUUGCUUUAAAAGAGGCUUUAUUUCUUCGUGAUCUUGACAGUUCGUACACCGUUUCUUGUGUCUGUACUGGACUGCGAGUACUAGUUGAGUGAUUUUUUCCGGAAUUAUCCGCUUCACUUUCGUAAACGACAACUUUAACUUUAGGCUGCAGUUUCGCCUCUUGUAAAUACUGUCUUCUCUGUAAGUGGUCUAACUGAUGAACAUCCGCGAGAUGGUUAGCUAAUCUGACAAGGUACUUCGCCCCGCACCAUGAAAUCGGACAGUUUCUGCAAACUCUCUUGUAAACCAUGUUCAAAAAACUGUGUUAACAGUUCGAUGGCUGAACACAAAUGACUACUAUUUCGCAAAUAGUCAGGUUAUACAGAGUAUUAGAAAGGCCAAACACAGGCCCGAAAGGCCAUAACCAGGCCAGAAAGGCCAAAACCAGGCCAAAAGAGACAAAAGGAGACAAACGGGCCAUUUUCAGACAUGUUUUUUUUUCUCGUAAACACGCGUGGGUGUCGCGCGUCGCUAGUUACCCAACAGCUUUUAAUAUUGGAAUCAUCAUCUUUAUUAAGUGUAAUCACAAAUAACAGUGCCUAAUUAAAAAGUUUUGUUCUUUCUUUAGUAAUUGGUAUUUCAAAUUUCAGAUUUGUUAUUUAUUGCACAAGUUUACUGUUAUUGUUAUUAUGAUCAAGUCAUCAAUAAAACACACUUUAAGUUUGGUUGUUUAUGGUUUUUAUUGAAAUACAACAAUACAAAGGUUCAGGAAAUAAAAAAUUCUGUAACAUUUAUAGCACGUCGAGUCUUGAUCUUCGUUUGGCCCUUUUUACCUUCGUUUGGCCUUUUUACCCUUGCUUUGGCCCGUCUGAUGUUCUAAAUAACUGGUCGAUGUAAGAUCGAUUAUUGUUUAUCAAGGAGAACGCUUAGUAACCCCGCCUUCACCCAUUUUUCUAUAAAAGAGACGCGUUACUUUCUGUUGUUUGGUUUCCUAUCACAACGCGUGCGGUUCAAACCAAAAAAAUGUGGAACAGUGACCUCCAAAUUACAACUUUAUUCAAAAAGGUGCUGGAAAAUAUGAAGACAGCGAAGACAACCAAGACAGCGAAGAAAGCGAAGUCUCUAGCCAAGGAACGGAGUCUUCCCAAGAAGAAACAGAAAGCUUAGAGCCUUGGUCACGCAUAUUUGAUGAAGCCGAGAAACGCCAUGAGACUCAGCUCAAUGCAUUGAUCAGUGAGUACGAAGGGAACGGAGAUUCAGAAAAUGUGGCCCGCGUGAAAGCCGAGAACGCUCCUCUUCCUGUUUACAGAAAAGAGCUGAGAAAAGUACUCUUUAGAGAAUCUACAGUGGAUGCGUGUAAUGAAAAAGGAUCCCACCUUCAAAAAAGUGAUGGAAACUCAAAAAGAGCUUAAAGACACAGAAGGAUUUGAUUGGUUGGAGUCAACAGAACUUGCUAUCGAUAAGCGAAAAUUCUUACUCAAUCGAUUGUACCAAAACCAGCCCAUUCCACAAGAUCAAGACUAGACCUUCUAUGAAUGUUACAGAAUUUUUUAUUUCCUGAACCUUUGUAUUGUUGCAUUUCAAUAAAAGCCCUAAAACCAAACUUAAAGUGUGUUUUAUUGAUGACUUGAUCAUAAUAACAAUAAUAGUAAACUUGUGCAAUAAAUAACAAAUCUGAAAUUUGAAAUACCAAUUACUAAAGAAAGAACAAAGGCACUGUUAUUUGUGAUUACACUUAAUAAAGAUGAUGAUUCCAAUAUUAAAAGCUGUUGGGUAACUAGCGACGCGCGACACCCACGCGUGUUUACGAGAAAAAAAAAACAUGUUUGAAAAUGGCCCGUUUGUCUCCUUUUGUCUCUUUUGGCCUGGUUUUGGCCUUUCUGGCCUGGUUAUGGCCUUUCGGGCCUGUGUUUGGCCUUUCUAAUACUCUGUAUAACCUGACUAUUUGCGAAAUAGUAGUCAUUUGUGUUCAGCCAUCGAACUGUUAAAACAGUUUUUUGAACAUGGUUUACAAGAGAGUUUGCAGAAACUGUCCGAUUUCAUGGUGCGGGGCGAAGUACCUUGUCAGAUUAGCUAACCAUCUCGCGGAUGUUCAUCAGUUAGACCACUUACAGAGAAGACAGUAUUUACAAGAGGCGAAACUGCAGCCUAAAGUUAAAGUUGUCGUUUACGAAAGUGAAGCGGAUAAUUCCGGAAAAAAUCACUCAACUAGUACUCGCAGUCCAGUACAGACACAAGAAACGGUGUACGAACUGUCAAGAUCACGAAGAAAUAAAGCCUCUUUUAAAGCAAAAGCUAAAAGAACAACUACAAUUAAAGAACAAGACAAACCGAAAGAAACAAAGAAAGUCGAACUCUCGGCUUAGAGGCUAUAGGAAAACUGUGUAGACACGGAAGGAUUAUUUAUUAUUCCUCGUAAUAAAACGGAGAAAACGAAUUUGUAAUGGUCAGUCAAAGGAUUAAUUUUCAUUCCUUUUCCUUUCAAAUCGCUGUGUAUUUUGGCUCGUUUUGUUAUUGGUUUUUAAUAAAGUUUUUUAAAAACUCUAUUGCUCACAAUUGUAAGUCGCGUGUUUCAAUUGAUCCUUGUUAAGUUGUUUUAUGUUUUUAUUGUUUUUAUGAUAAUAAGUCACUUGAAGGUUCUCUCUUGGGGCUUUUCCUGCAGAGCUGUACUAAUUUGUAUGCAGCGGUGGGCUUGCGAACUCGCAUAAUGAACCGACUAACGAUGUCCAAAAGUGGUCGAUGGUGGACAACAACCCAUCGCUCUAAUCACAUCGCAAUGUUCGAGUCUUACAUGAUUUUACUGCCUACAUCAUCGCCUCAUAUUACAGCUCUCAAAUUUGAUUAUUAAAGUGGGAUGAAUAACAGCAAUAUAUAAUUGUCCCCAUUCUUCCUGCGUCAGUUCCAGAUCCUCUGCAAAUUUCAAGAACACCAAGAGUCUGCCCAAAUUAACUUUUAGAAAUACUUCAGAAUGGAGUUCUUUCAGCUUGGAAAUUGUUGACCCUGGGAGGUCGCAAAAUGUUUUCUUGAGAGACAUUAUUUCUUUUGAGGGGGGAACUAUGACCCUCGCGAUCAUACGAUAAUAAUUAAGCUUUAUUCUUAUGAAAGACUGAAUAAUACCCAUUUUCGUUUUGAAUGACGAUAAUAAUUAAUAAUUAUAAUAACCUUCAUUCAUAUGGUCUUAAAAAGAUAAAGAUAAAUAAUGAUGUAAUAGAUUAAAGAAAAUAGCUGACCAUGUCAAAAAACCCUUUCUAAUUUAAUUAAGCUGAUGAUGUCAUCUCACCAGUUACCAUAUUAAAUGAUUAUUUUGAUGAUGAUCUCAUCGUUUUUUGAUGACGUCAACUCCCUAGAUUGUUAUACAGACUACCUUUCUAUUUUUAGAUGAUGAUCUCAUCAUUUUAAUCCCCUGAGCUAUUGUGACGUCACUCCACCACCUCCACCACUGCGUAGAACCCCUCGUCUAUUACUACUCUUGACCUCUGCGAUACAGAUGCAGCGCUCUACCAAUUGAGCUAACAAGACAAUUGGGAGCAGGUCGUUGAAUUGAUUCGUACUAAACCUGGUGAAUUGGUUGGUAUUAAACCUUGAAAGGAAUAUGAUCAUCAUCAUUAUCAUCAUUCAAAGGGUUUAAUACACGACAUGCUCCCAGCUGGCUUGUUAGCUCAAUUGGUAGAGCGCUGCACCGGUAUCGCAGAGGUCAAGCCUUCGAAUCCCGUACAAGCCUGAAUUUUUUCAGCCUUUCGUCUAUUAUAACUGCGAUGAUGUUCUUUCAUGUAAUAGUAAGUUUAAUAUCAAGUACAUUAAAGUUAACAAAUGUUUCGUUUUUAUUGCUAACGUGUAGAAAAACGAAAUGAGACCAGGAUAUUGUCAUUUCCUGAACAUAGGGUCUUAGCAACAAGUUUUCUCAUUUGGAUGUUAAGAUUCAGUGGGAGCCAAAUGGCGAAUCAGCAUUCUAAUGCAUUAUCUUAAAGUGGGUUUAACAAAUAUAACAAAUAUAUUUUUGACAAAUAUAAACUUGGACCGCGGACGCGGAACACGAAUUGGGUAUAACAAGCGGGCUGAGACUCUGAGUACAACAACAACAAUUAUAUUAAAAAGUAAAGAAAGACAAUAAACAUGCCGUGCUUCGAAAACAGGGCCAAAUUGAGAGUAAAAGAGAGUAAAAGGGGUGGUUGGUUUAGGAUUUAAAUUGAUAUAUUUGCUAAGCAUUUGUUAAACGUAACUAAAUGAAGCGAACAAAUGUGUUUACAUAAUAAGAGAACUUAGGAAAUAGGGUUAUAGCCAAGACGAAAUCGAUCAUCUUUUUAAAGGCUCGUUCUUCCUAGAAGAGUGUAUGGUCUCCCUGUUUAUGGCUCAUGCCACGCGGAUUUAAAUACAGUACAAUGCUUCCUGAAAAGAUGUUUCAAGAGGCGCUACUCCUCAAAAAUUUAUAAUAUCCACGAGCACUUAGCUAGCUGUUGGACAAAUGUGAUAGGAAACUCUUCAAGAAAAUUAGAAGCGACAGUUCUUACCCAUUGUACCCUAUGUUGCCCCAAGCCAAAUGGUCCUCCCUUAGAUUAAAACAAAGAUCUGGUGAGUUACCUAGGAUAAACACUGAACGUUUUAAAAGUAGCUUUUUAAAUAGGUUUAGUUUCAAAUACAAUUGAACACUAUGAGAAAUUCUUACUGUAAGCUCCUUAAUUAAUUUGUGUACCGUUUGAUAUGUAUUGUAUCGAAAAAAGAAAUGCAUAAUAAUAAUACUUAUUAUUAUUAUUAUAACUACAAUUAUUACUAUUAUUAUUAUUAUUGAUCAGCAGGAGAAUAGGUACAACUCCAAAACGGCCUCGAAAUGGCUCCAGAAGCUAAAAUCAUUAACAGACACAACUAAGGCAUGGCUCCUCGCUCUAGUAUUUUGGGCUUCUUUCAUUUUUUCAUUUUUUGUCUGCCAUCUCUUUUCAUUUCAUUACUUAAACGCAUAUGCUUAAGAUUGGAACCAUUUUUGGAGCUCACACUGUGCUGCUUAAGGUCACGUGACCAGUCACGCCAAUAAUUAUGCAAAAUUAAAUAUUUUCAGAUUACCUCAUGAAAAUGACUGUUGAAGCUUCCGUUUAUUUUUCCAUAGUGUUAAGUGUAAAGUCAAAUGAGUGAAACUAACCGGGCAAUUGCAAAAUAUUUUAUUCCUAUGUAAUUACCAAAUGUUUUCUCCUCGACCCAGUCCCACUGUAAACUGGAGACGUUAUAGUUCACUCAAAACAAAUAAUUUCUAAAAACCCCGAUUAAUUCCAUAAACCUGGUGUUAAUAGUCAUUGAAAGAAAACAAAAUAAAUCCCAACCAGUAUUUGUAAAAUGUUGUAAAAUUGGACCCAGCUAAAUGGCAAAAAAUAGGCGUGACAAGUCACGUGACUAAGAUAGCUUAUUAGUGACAACGGAUGAGAACAUUUUUAAAAAGUAUUUACCGCAUGCAAAGUUUCAAGUCGAAAAGUUAAAUCUCUUUUAAACUAGACCAACCCCUCACAAAUUUCUAGAGACCUAUUCCUUAAUUCACCCGAGUCGAUCGAUCGCCAAACAUCAUUUGGACCAUAAUUUGCUUCUUCAAGAAAACCAAAUUUCAGCGCCCUGGGAACCUGCUAGAUUUCCGACGAUGCUAUCACCUCACUCAAGCACUUAAAGGAAAAGUGGAAUGUUUUGGCGGUUUACUACUCGAUUAAAAGAAGAGAUAAACCGCAUAACUGAGCUUCACGAAUUCUUAAUUUGUAAUUUUCUAGUGAUCUUAAAAUAUUACUUAUACAUUACUCGAGUAGACUGUUCCAGUGAGUCUACCAUAAGCCCCAGCAUGAGAGCUUACUUGUUGGCCUUGCCCCUUACGGCAGUAGUCUAGGUCAGAUAACUAAGCGAGAUUUAUUCAAAAUGGCGCCCUCUCAGCAUGUGGGAGGGUCAAUACCGGUUUUUCAGGACAAACCGGUUUUGGGAGGACAGGAACUGGGCCACUUUUAUUACUGAGCUGAGAGUGAUGAUAAAAAGCAUAAAGUUUUUAUCGAAAUAGAAUAUAUAGUACAUUUGAAAGGAUCAGAAUAGCACCAUGAAAAAUCCUUUCAAUUAGCUUUAUAAAAAGUGUGUUACGUCUCUCCAUAAAUCGGCCGGUGGACCACUCAGGAGAGACGUAUCACACAUUUUAAGUAAGGUAAGCUGUUUUUUAUUGAAAUCCUUUCCCUUUCGUAGGUUACGGAACGAUAGGUUUUUUUCCCAUACAAAUCCUUAUAUUUUGAAUGUUACGCAACAAUGCCGAUGCUCACCGAUGCAUAUAUUUCGAGCUUGGGCUACCUGUGAUUAAUGCCUCUGAAAAGACACCUCAGGUAAAACGUGGGUCCAUUUAAAAGUCAAAGUCAUCAGUUCUCAACAUUAACGAUUGAUCCUUGUUAAGUUAUUGGUUUUUAUAAUAAUACGUCCCUCGGGCUUUUUACUGCAGAGCUGAACUAAUUUGUAUGUAACGGUGGGCUUGUUAACUCUCAUAAUUAACUGACUACUGGCACGUGAAACGCUUAGACUUUAAUAGUUUUCAUUUCCUCGAGAUAGAAAGCAGAAAGCGGUUUUGUAAUAGUCAGACAGAUAUGAAAUGGAGAGUUUAAGGCUCCACUUUGUGUAUCUGUGUGUGUGUUUUGUUUAUAUAUCUAAGUUAAUAAACUCUUCCAAUUGGCAGUGUUUUUCCCGCAUAAAUGCUUAUGUCAGUACCACAUAGAAAACACACAAAGGGUAAUGGGCAAAAUUCUGGUGGCAGGGAAGCGCUUAAAUCUAGGGAUAAGGGGACCAGGAGAGAAGCCCUCCUGGGGGGAGACAAGAUCGAGUGGUACCGGGGGUAGCCACCCUGGACAGGAGUCCUGAUCAGUCUCCGGGGGUGAGGCCCAUAUCCCCCAGUACAGGAACUGAGGGGAAUCAGGAGGGGUGGCCCUCCUGGGUGGAGUACAGAUCAGGUGGGACCGGGGGUCCACACCCUGGAGUGGCUAUUUUUCCGGACCUGUCUCCAAGGGCUAAGCCUUACUGUGGGGUAAAGUGCAGCCUGGGGUUGCACUUCCCUGCCACUCCUUUUAUUUGGAAGCCAGACAGCAGUUUCAUAUCCCAGGAACCUAAUGAAGUAAUCAGACCUAGUCGAGUAUAACACCAUAAUAUAAAUGAUUAAUCUUAAGGAUACAUAUAUAUAUAGGGGAAUAAGGUAAUGACCUGCUUAAAAUAUGUUCUGGUCGUGCUAAAUACUGCUACUCUGCUACUCUGCCAGCCCAUAUUGGAAUAUGCUCCUAGAGGUACUUAGAACUGCUGCAUCAUUACACGUUUUCAAAUCCAAAAAAUUAAGAGCAUUAAUAAGUCAUAAUAAAUGCUGCUGCUUUGUAAUUAGUUUUAAUUAUCGCUAGGUACUGUAGACACACUGUAUAAAAUAAUUGUCUUGUUUCUGCAUUAUCGUAAACUUGUACAUAAUAUAUAGUAUUACUUUAUUCUAAUUACCAUUGUCAUUUAUAUUCUAUUUGUUUUUGCUAUACCUUCGGAGAUAUGAGCAUUAGUUGAUGCUAUCUUUUGGAAUGCGAAGUGAGAUAAAGAUUUUCAUUUGAUUUGAAAUAUAUAGGGCACAUAAGAAGUAAUCGAAGAACUGAACAAAGGUUCCAGUCAGAACAAAGGGGUGGGUGGGAGGGAAAACACACUGUUGUGAAUGAACCGAAGCUCUAAACGAACUGACUGGGAAAGGACAGUGUACGGCAAAAAGAGGAGCACACGUGCAUGAUAAGCAUGUGAUAAUAUGAAUGGAACCUUUGUGGAGUCUAGGAAUAUAUCAUGCUACAUUACAGUGGACUUUGCCAAAGAAGAAGGAUACAUUGUAAUCAAACAACUACUUAGUGUUCAUUGUUCUUUCUUGUACUUUGAACUAGUAUCUACCAUUACUGAGUACAAAAGCUUAUACAAAUGUUCACGUUGUGUGACAUAAGAACCAAGAUAUGAUUGUUGCUAGUAUGUCCUAAGUGUGCUUUCAUAGGGCAUCAUUCUCAGGCUUAUUAACAACAGUUUAUGCUACCAUAAACUUGAACUUUUAGCGCUAAAUAAUAAGAAGACAUAAGCUAAAUUGAAAUAGAGAGUUCUCAGCUCCACUUUGUGUAUGCGGUUUGUUUAUAUAUCCGGUUUUGAGCGCUAAAAAAGAUAUAGUAAGCCGUUUCUCGCGUUGGUAAGUAAUCGCUCCCGCUGUUAGUUCUAAUAGCCGAGCUUACGCCAUUGGGAUCUACUCAUCGGGAAUUAAAAUAGACUGGAUCAAAAGUUCCCAUUCUCGGGUCUGGGAACAAGCGUCCAAAAGAGCUUGAAGCUCAUCAGCGUUGGUAAUAAAACCCAUGGUGAUAAAAAGUUGUUAAAAGUUUUCUCAAACACACGAACUCGAACAAAUUGCUUCCUAACAAAGCGAUUGCAAGAACGAUAGCGCUUUCGAAAUCUACCCGCUUUUAUUUUGAACAAAUCUUAUGUCCUACAAGAGCCAAUCAGGGUUAAAAGGGACCGGGCAAGCCUAUUGUGCCUAUUGUAGUAGAGAAACGCUCAUUACAAAUGGAAAAAGGCACUUAAUUAGUUUGGAGGAACAUAUUUUUACCCAGCUAGCUAGACACUGACUAGGCACAUAAUUAAUAUGCAACGGCGGAAAGAACUAAAUUUGUAUGCAAGGACGACGCUUACACAUAUUAAUAAAGGGAAGGCUUACGGAAGGCAGGGGAAGGUAUUAAACAGAAGUAAAAUAACCCUAUAUUACUACUAUCAUAAUUAUGAUUCUUUUUUCCUUUUAAAAUUUCUUAACUAUGGUAAGGUGGUAAAUGUUUCAAAAUUAAGUCUUCUUUUUCCUAACUUCUUGUUCAUUGCCUAAAACAGCAUAUUAUUCAUUCAAGUGACCGAUCUCGUGGCCAUGAAUUUCUACUUAAAACACUUUAAAUCUCACCUGCCCGUUGUUAGAAGAAUUUCUACCUUUACAGACUGUUUUAAACGAAGCAACUUGCUAUAAAUGGCCCCUCUGGAUUAUGGCCGCUCUCCAGGAACCAAAUUUUCAGAUGUUACCAUUUAAGGGGAACUCCGCCCCUCUGAGCAUAUUCCUUGAUAUAAUUGACAGAAUGGCUAGCGGAUGCUUCUUCUUAAAGUUAAUUUAUUAGGAAAGACUGUAUUACAUACGAAAUCGGCCAAAAUUUCCUAUCAAAUUAUUAUUAGCAAAGGUUUUUUGAUACAUAAAGAGACAAAAAGCAAUGAAGAUGAAAACAUUUGACGUUUUGGCGUCGUCAUGAAGCCAUUAAAUUUUUACUAUAAACUACCAGAAAGUAGGCUGAAGAUCAACGAGUACAAAUUAAUCAAUGUGACGAAAACAUUUUGGCUCGAAUUGAGUCCAACUGGACAUUAAGAGGCAUCGUCAGUUCCCUAAUUAGCAACAUUUCGUGCAGUAAAAUUGACCCUUGUUUUUCAACCAAUUUCAAUAUGUACAACUCUUAAGAAAAUAAAUAAUAUGAUAUAAUGCAAACCUUAAGAGCUAUAUAAAGUUCAUGGAUUUAACCACCACCUCAAAAUUGCCAAAGAGAAAUGCGUUGAUUGAAUUUUUCAAAAUUUCUACAAAUUCAAUAGUGAGCAAUUAUAAUAGGAGUCUCCCCACCCUCCUCAGUCUAUUAGCUAAAGCUACCUGCGAGCUAGUCUCAUUUGUAAUAUUCACAAUCGACACUAGUUCCACAAAUGCGGCCCUGCUUCCUGAAUUGCGCGCCCGCCCAGUAUUUCCAUCAUCCUACUUUUAAUAAAACGCCUGAGGUGGAACUAAGAUUAUACAAGGACCUAUAAUUCACAGCUAGAAUAUUGCUGAUAUGUGCAGGUGCGAGGCCGUAAAUGACGUUCAAAAUUAAAAAUAGAACUUUGAAAUGUAUGCGCGUUUGCACUGAUAGCCAUGCCAGUAUAACUCGUAUAGUACUAGAAUGAUGUGAGAAUACUUUCUAAAACCAUUAACAAUCUAGUGGCAGCAUUUUGCACGCGUGGCAACUUAGUGCUUAGUGAUUUUUUCUUUGGGGAGUCCCAUACAGUAAGCUUUAAUUUACAGUAAUCUAUACGGUUCGUGUAGAAAGCCUUACCGUACUUACCAGAGUAAGUACGCUGUCUCUCGAUAAAUACUUCUUACAAACUAUUUGUAUGACCUUGCAUAAUUUUAUACGUUAAUCGUUAGGCAGCUAUUUCUGAUGGCUUAGUUUCAACAUUGUGAAUUGUUCGUUCGUUUUAUCUUGCUUGUGUAUCAAAGUAUCAUUUUUUUUAAAAAUACUUUCACUAUUCUACAACUUGACAAGCAGCAAAACUACUUGACGUUAGUACAGUUGAUCUGAAGAAACAACUUUUAACUCGUUUCCUAAGAACUGAAUUUGAUCAGCCCGGCUAACAUUUUUGUGCUCUUACUUGGUGCCUUGGUAACACAAUCAUGAUCGUAUCGUGAAUAACCGAGUGUCAGGAUCUAUUUCUACUGUUCUAUAAGCAGCUUUAAGGUGGCUCGACUGGAUUUUUUUAGGGGUAUACCUCCCAAGUUUGAGCCUUAUCUACGUCGGCAUGAAUAAAGAUAUGGAAAAAAGGUUGCCACAACUGUAUUACAUAAAGAUGAAAAUUUCUUAUGGUCUGGGUUUUAUUGCAAUCGGAGUCGCCAUAGGAACGUAAUGACGCCAUUACGUUUUUUAUUUAUCUUUGUGUUUCUCUGUACCAGGAGUUUUUUGAAGAAAUCGCUUAAGGGAGUAUGUACCUGCUAUAAUUGCCUCCAUUAUGGCAAAGUUUGAAGAAAUUCUAUGAGAGCGUUUUCGAAAUAUUUUGAAAUGCAGUUUUAAGAAUCAUAAAAACAGUGAAAUAGCAUGCUAGCCGCACAAUUCGCUAAUAUUUUAAGAAAAUGAUAAGCUUUGGGAACGCGGCUUCAUCUCAUAGUGGAUUGAUUCCAUUGAAAACUGCGUACAAAAAAAGAGGGGAAUUGCUCCGGGCGAUCGCGAGUAAGAAGGAUUUUAUUAACUUGCAUUCAGAUGCUUUUGAUACAGCUUUUGGAGGUAAUUUGGUCCAUGCCUAAAAAUUUCGCAUUUUUCCAAAGACCGAUCGAUGAUUUUUUUUAUAAAUUCGACAAUUCCGAGAUCAAUUGUCAAGAAAUAUUCCCUGCAAGUUUCAAGAACAUUGAAAACAGGGAAGGCUUUUAAAUAGGGCCUCAAAUAUAGCCAAUUUCCCCCCCAGAUUUUGUGUUUACAAGCGAGCGUCCUCAUUAUUCACUGGCAUUGUUUUCAAGUUUCAUAUACACGUGCACAUUUAGCAAAAAGAUAGAAUUUCAAUCAAAAAGGACCCUCGGUUAAAUCUCCGGGAUAUGCUAGUUACCGGGUAAAGAGGUUAGUGAUACAUUAUAACAUCAGAGCAACUCUUUGUGAGAGUUUCUGUGAUGUUAUAACUCGAGUAAGAUAAUCAAGUAUUGCAUCCUACACGAUGAGCCGUGACGUUCACCGUUUCGGCUCUCACUACUAUCUGUGACGACAAGCCAAUUAUUAGCAUAUACCGGAUAUUUCUUCGGAAAGUAAUCGAGAGUUCUUUUUGAUGCAAAUUUAUAUCUUUUGCUAGUUGCGCACGUGCAUAUGAAACUUGAAAACAAUGCCAGUGAAUAAUGAGGACGCUCACUUGAAAACACAAAAUCUGGGGGGGAAAAUUGGUUAUGUUUGAGUCCCUAUUUAAAAGCCUUCCCUGUUUUCAAUGUUCUUGAAACUUGCAGGGAAUAUUUCUUGAAAAUUGAUCUCGGGAUUGUCGAAUUUAUAAAAAAAUUUAUCGAGCGGUUUUUGGAAAAAUGCGAAACUUUUAGGUAUGGACCAAAUUACCUCCAAAAACUGUAUCAAAAGCAGCUGAAUGCAUGUUAAUAAAAUUCUUCUUACUCGCGAUCGCCCAGAGCAAUUCCUCUCUUUUUUUGUAUACAGUUUUCAAUGGAAUCAAACCACUAUGAGAUGAAGCUGCGUUCCCAAAGCUUAUCAUUUUCUUAAAAUAUUAGCGAACUGAGCGGCUAGCAUGCUGUUUCACUGCUUUGAUGAUUCUUAAAACUGCAUUUCGAAAUAUCUCAAAAACGCUCUCAUAGAAUUUCUUCAAACUUUGCCAUAAUGGAGGCAAUUAUGGCAGGUACAUACUCCCUUAAGCGAUUUCUUCAAAAAACUCCUGGUACAGAGAAACACAACGAUAAAUAAAAAACGUAAUGGCGUCAUUACGUUGCCAUGGCGACUCCGAUUGCAAUAAAACCCAGAUCAUAAGAAAUUUUCAUCUUUAUGUAAUACAGUUGUGGUAACCUUUUUUCCAUAUCUUUAUUCAUGCCGACGUAGUUAAUGCUCAAACUUGGGAGGUAUCAACCCCAAAAAAUCCAGUCGAGCCACCUUAAGACCACUGUCAUUGAUAUCUCACCAUGCAAUUCAAAGCCGCACAAAGACCGAGAAACCUCAAUAUACUCAUUUGCUUGUAAGGUGAAGUGUGAAAUUCUCAACCACAUGCAGCUGGGAUAAAAAGAAGGCUGCAUACAAAUGACCAAAAUUGAUAAUAGCGGAGAAGGGGGAAGCGCGCGCAGCGGAGCACCAUGGGUAAGAAAAUUUGGUAAUCACGUGACUUACACCGACCGGCCGACCGACCGUCCGUCAGCACAACAGGCAUACCAAUGUAAAAUAUCUCAAAAACAGGUAUGGCAACCCAAAUUCAACUCGAGGUUAUUUUGACGGGAAAUCGCAUAGCCACCCGCGUCUUGUGAAGCAGAGACAACUAAAGAGUCGAAAAGCGAAAAUUGUCUCUGCAUCUGUAUUUUCUAAAGUAUUAAGCUAAGAAUAAUUGUCAUGUCCACAAAUUUGGAAUUUAGAGCAAGAGAAAGACAGAGAAAAAGAGAAAGUAGGCGGCAGGCCAGCAAUGCUCAACGAGAAAUAGGGCGACAGAGAUCUAGAGCGAGAGAUGAAAAACAAAGGAGACAAGUUUUUUUAUUGGAAUUUUCCUCUAACAAAAGCGGCAAUGACAAAAUGAGAAAUGCCAGCGGUCACCAAUUAAUGCAAGGUGAAAAUGCGUAGCAGUGAGAAAAAAGUGAACGAGAAAACGUACGACAUUUCCUCAAUAAAACAUGUGACUAAGAAGUUUCAGCAAGUUUCACGUUGUAGUCGUGCAAAACAGCUGCAAAGAAAUGUACAAAAAAAGUGUGCUGCACGUGCAAAGUUGCUUUUUUGCUAAUUAGACCUAUUGUUGUCUUACACCGUUCUCCGGCGUUGCCUUUGCCGCUUAGCAUUACCAGAUUUUAUAUUUUGUUUGAACAAACUACGGCGAAAUUUCAAUCAUCUCUUCUAUGAGCUCCCUUGGGCUCUGACCGCAUUUUCGCGCGCUCAAAUUCUCCCCCCUCCUACCCUUGUAAGUUACCAGUCAACCUCAUUUAGACCAUCUCAUUAGUGAAUUGGCUCUGGUGCAGCUUUAGGACGUUUAGUCACUACAACAUGUAGAUUAUAUAAAUAACGAGACUCCUAAAAGUUGUCCCCGUGGAAAUGCAUUGAUGUAUACAGGCAUAAAAUACCUUUUGAUAAAGGUUGAAAAAAUGUUAUUUGAAAAGGGUUUUUUGUCUGCCUUCAGUCCCCGUAUAACCGCUAUUUUUGCUCUAAAUUCCGCUCAUAGAUUCUCAUAUUAAAGAGCUUUUGUACCUCUAAAUGGACCUCAGUGUUUAUCGGCAACUGUAAUUUUCCGGUUUGGGUCUCAGCGGACUCAGUUCAGCUGGGGUGAACAACUGCCCCGAAUAAUGUCCCUGCAAUCAAAAUCUAGCCUGGGUCGCAGACGUAACGUAAUCAAACCCCGGUAAGUAACGUCUUCGAAACAGCGCCCAAAUUCUUUGUUCUAGGCCUCCACUAGCCUAUCACGCAGGCUUUUUUAGAGGGAGCUCGUUUUUCAUCCCUGGGAGGGAUGAAAAACGAGCUCCCCUAAAAACGUCUGCGUGGGAGGCUAGGCCUCCACCUGUGUACCAGGAUUUUAGUACACGCCAUGAUUGGCCUGUUAAAGGAGCCAUAGCCAAUUUACCAAUCAUUUUGUAAGGAAAUUCGAAACACCUUGAAUAUCCAUAUUAAUGAAAUUCUUAAGAAGGCCUCUAAGAGAAUAUAUUUUUUGGUACAACUUAAGAGAGCUAAGCACUCGCAGGGCUCUUCUACUCUAGUUGUAUUAGAUCAAUUAUGGACCAUGCAAUACCGGGCCUUUCACUUCAGUUUCCCUAAAUAUUUAAUGCAAAAAUUGGAACGUAUAUAGAAGAGAGCAAAAGUGUUAUCUAUUAUGAGGCUCUUGUUAUUAUGAACUUUGGGUAAUUACCAACCCGCCAUGGCGAAUUAUGUGAGUCACUUUUUUUUUACACAAUUGUAAAUGACAACAAUCACCGCCUUUAUAGCGGAGCUCCCGCGCGCGCGAAGCGCGCGCGCAGCGGAGCACCAUGGGUAAGAAAAUUUGGUAAACUAUCCAUCCCAGAAAAUUUGGUUAUGACGUAGCGUACGCCCGUCCGUACACACACUUCAUGUAAGCCGAUGUCAAAUGUCACAAUAGAUCUUGCACAACUUGACUAGCCUCUCAGUUAUGCAAGCCAUCCGUAUGAGUACGAUUAGAUUGACAGCUGUCAAAAUCAGACAUCCGCUGACAAUUAUCACAUGACUGUCUCGCGGGCUCAGAUAAAAGACCAGUCGUUUUGCCCCUAUAUAUAAGCUGAUAUAAUAUGUCACACUUACCAAUUCAACAUAAAAACGAAACUACGCCGGGCAAGGCUGUCAGUUGGCUGACAGUCGUUUAAAGUUACAUUGGCAGGCCAAAUUAAGGUCAAUUGACAGCUGUCAAAAUGGGACAUGUGCAGACCGCUAUCAGAAAACUAAUAACGAGGGCUCAGGUUCGGUCAGGUACACGAUCUGGCAUUUUCCACUACAUGCCGGACGGAAAUGUCCUAACAACACUCGCAGUCUGUUAAUUCGAAUAUUCGCCAUUCUAAUGAAGGUUAAUUGACAGCUGUCAAACUAGAGUAUACGCUGACCAUUAUCACCUGAGGGGAUCGCGGGCUCAUUUUUCUAUCUAUUGAGGUCACGUAGUGUUUAAAGUUUUGCACUGAUAUUUUAUUUGAUCACGGGCUCAAUUCGAAGCCCCAUAGCUUUGGAUAGAAAAUCUAUCCAUCCUAGAAAAUUCGGCAAUCACGUGACCGUACACUGACCACCCGACCUUCCGUCCGUCCGCACCACAGGCAUACCAAUGUUUAAACUCACACUUUCUAGCUAGUUUGGGAGCCUGCAACCUGAUAUUGUACAUCCAUGUUUUGAUUAAUUGACAGCUGUCAAAACAGUGUUUCUGCUGACCAGUAUCGCCUGACCGUAUCGCGGGUUCAGGUAUCGACCCUCUGAGUUCGAGUAAUAUAUUGAAGGUAUUCGCUGACAAGUUGCUACUUUUAAAAUGAUCGCAGGCUCAAGUUCAAUUUUUUUAAAAUGCAUAUGAAAUAAGUCGUGUUUCAUGAGUCGCACUUUUAAAAUGUUGAUUUCAAACUGAUCUCGGACACGAAAAUUCAACCGGCUUUUACAUUUACAUGCAGGGAAAGCAAUCGCUUUUGAAUUUUCUCACUGUCACGCGCUGAUCACGCUCUACGUCCAACUUUUAUGUUCUGAUUGGUCAAAAUUUGACAGGUGAGUUUAUGCGGAAAAUUUUUGCAGCGUCUGGAAACUUGCUUACUGAUAGCUGGAGCUGAGAGAGUUUUGUGUCAUCUUGUGAUGUUUUAAACUGUCUUUUUCUACUUGGUGUACAAAAUGAAAUACAGCUGCUAUCAAGAUCGUUCUGUAAUUCGUGGCUGGUUUGUUUAUUGCGCUUUUUGUUGACAAAUGCACUGCUUGUCAAAGUCAUUGGAAAUCCGAUUUCGGAUGGCAUCGUUUUCAAAAAUGAGCUUACUCACUUGCCCUUGCCUGAGGCGUAAGAAGGUUAAAAAGUCUCAAGCGAUUCUGGAACACUUGAUGACCUUCAGAAGCAGCAUCUCGACUGGUAAGCUUGAGCCAUUAUUGCUUUUGAUGUUUUUUUUUUCUUUUUUCGGUUUCCUGAAGUCGAGCGUAUGGUUUAUGCGGCUUAAGUUAAAACACGAGCAAUGAUCUAACCUACAAUAGUAUCAGGUUUAAAAAGCCUUUAGACAUUUUUUGACCCGCAAAUUCAAAGAAAAGGUUCCGAAGAUUAUUUAGUUAUGAUUUUGGCUGUAAACAGAAAGCUCUGAUCGAUUUUCUUGCCUCGAGUUCAUCUUGAAAAAGAGCGAACACCGGGAAGCCGGCUUCAAACGUAAAUAAGCUUAUGCUUGCCUGACUCAUUAUUUUCUGAGACACUUUACUCUCAAUUCCUCUCUUCGUGAAUGAAAAUUAUUGUCUCUGUACCUGUUUCACCGAAUUAAACUUAUUUUAUUGAUUGUUAGUAGUCCCUCUCGCAAUUUUCAUCGCUGCACCGGUUGUUUCCAGUCGAACAUAAACAUCGCAUGUAGGAAUACUCAAAACGCCGCGCGUAAAUAUCACUCGCUUUUAAAGAUCACACAUAACAAAAUCAUACACAGUUUAAUAAAUAAAGGGAAAUAAAACCUAAACAUAGCAAUUUCCCUAUCGUGUUGAAGCGUAAAUGGUAACUCUAUUAAUCGCACUACAAAUUUGGUGCCUGUCAAAAGUGAGAACCCGUCCGGCUGGCCGAAAAGUGAUUUUGGGAAUUUUUUUAUCGUUUUCAUUAAAAGCCCAUAAUUAUUACCCCGCAUAUCACAGAGGACCAGAUUUUUCUAACAGAAAACGUUUUAUAAUUCAAUCAUGUUCAAUGCUAUAAUUUGCUGUGCAAAGGAAGCGCGUGCUUUGAUCGUCGUGGAUAUUGAAUGAGUGCAAAUUCUCUUGCAAAAUUGUGAAAAACUGCAGAAUUAUAGGUUUAAAUAGGGCAAAAAAGAACAAAUUCUGUCCGAGGUCUGUGUACAGUUUACCUGAGACGUGAUGAGAAAAAGUAUGUUUAAAAGGCUGGUUUACACGCCACCAGAUUCGUCGCCAAGAUUUACUAUAGUAAACUAAACUUGUCGAACACAAAAAAUCCGGCCUGAUUUUUGUUUUGGCCUCUCUUUUAGACAGAGGAAUGCAACGUGUAAAUUGGCUGCCACCAAGGACUAUCGUGGCGCAUGUGUUUCUUAAAAUUAUAUUUCGGGGUUGUCAAAUUAUCCAUAGUCUCUCUAACGGAGCAAUGUUGGAGAGACUGGUGAAUGCCACAUUAUGAUGCUACAGCUAAUGCAAAUACAAUACACGAAGAUUAUACACGAAUAGGUCUAUUUGUUUUCCAGGCCUAAUCUACUGUGAUCGAACAUGAUUGCUAUUUUUCGGUGUACAAAUAACUUGAUGUAAAAUUUGUUUCACUCUUGGACGGUCAAAUUCUGAUUUUUCUCUAAACUCACUCAGCCUUUGCCUCAAAAGUCAAAUGAAUGUGCCCUGAUCUGUGGAUUACAAGUUUAUUGUUUGAUUUAAAUUAUGAAUUUAUUAACGGGAGCUUCGCUUUUAGCCCUGGCUAAAUCUAUAUAUUAAGUUAUUACCUGCACCGCACGAAUCUACUUAUUCAUGAAGCUGAAUUAGCAACAGAACGGGAACGUCAUUUGUCGACGGGUAAGCCCGCAGAAAGGCGUAAACUCGACUUCCGGUACCGAAUUUGCUGCUCUGCCAUUGGUCAAUCCAGUUGUUUGAUUUGCGCGCGCGGUCGUCAACAGACGUUCCCGUUCUGUUGGUAAAUCAGCCUAUUAAGGCGCGCGCGAGCUCUUAAUAUGCCACGUUUUAAAACCGACCGUUUUAAGUUCAGUUUAGCUUUCUUAUCUUUUCAUUUCUUAAAGCAACUAACUUAUAGGUUAGAGUUUUCGACUUUCGCAGCUUGUAUUUCGAUAACUUUUUUUAGCAUCUCAUCUCUCGUUAGCUUUUUAUUCCUUUCAAUUAAGAUAGAUUAGUUAAUGUCAGGGCCGAUUACUUGGAGCCUCCAUCUCCUAUAUAAGCCCUUGGAGUCAACCCUUUCCGACGAAAAAUUAUUUAUAGAAAUAGCUUUUGCGGAAUACUUUUCACGCCUUCUCAGUAAUAUCCAAUCAGAGCAGAGCUUUGAUCAUACGUCACAAGCGGAGUCACAGAAGCGGGAUUUGAAUUGCUUCCAACAUUGGCGGUUGCCAGCGUGGAAGAGUUAUCUGAUGAUAGUUCUGAUCUUCUAUCGGGUUAAAGCCUAAUAACAAAAAGAAAAAGAUGAUACACUCAUGCAACGUCUUCAAGGUCACUUGUAAUCUUGACAGUUGGCUACAUAUCUUAAGUUUUAUCACGAACAACAAAGUCCCGGCCAUCGAUAGGGUAAAUAAAUAUUGAAAAAUCAAGCUCUUUAGUUACUUUACUUUACUGGUUAACUCACUUGUGCAAUGCUUUAGAGAUUUCUACUAAUUCCACAAAGGACCACACUGCAUCAUCCCACAGUUAAUUUUGAAGUAAAAAGUAUGUUGUUCCAACUGACAGAUCGAACACGGACUGCAUCUUUCGCUUGCGCGGCGGCUGUAAUUGUGCGAGAUCUGAGGUCGCGAAUUAUGAACGGACUUUUAUAAGCCAAAUUAAUGUGGCUGUGGAUGAAAAUGGCCCCAAUUAGUACUUUCGUGCUAAAUACAUUGACACUCAAAUAAAAAGUGCAUUUUUUUUUCUGCAAAGAAAACUAACGAGCUGGGCCCAGCGUGCGACAGCAUUUUAGAAAAACAUUACAUUCACGGACUAAAGAAAAUCGCUUAGUUUAUCAGAACCGGAAGGCACUUUGGAGAAAAGUAAGACCCUCAUUCAGCCGCAGUAAAAAGCUUUACGCUUCAAAAGAGGUCAAAUAAAAUGCUCUUGCAUCAGAGGGCAAAUCCUGUUGACCAGAGGCAAAAACCGCAGUAAAUCGAUAUGUGUGCCAUGACCUCUCAGUGUGAAACAAGCGGCUAAAAUCACAUUUACUCAGUGAAAAUGUAGAACCUUCCAGCGCACAAUCUACCCAGCAGAGAAAAAAACUUAUGGGAAGAAGAAGCAUUUUGGCAUGAGGUAAACGUCGUGUGGGCCUACCGCCCCCUUUUAUUGCUAUAAAUUCGGGAUUAAUACCCAAGGGUGUAAUUCCUGUCUGCGAUCGAAGCGCUGCUAAUCUCUUUUUACUUGUCUUUGGAGCUUCACGUUCUGGAGAAGUCAUGAUAGUAUCUGUAACUUUCGCAGUCCAAGUUAGCUCAUUGCAGGGGCUUGUUAAAUUAUAAACUGAACUAGCAAGACGAGCGGCCCGUCGGGCACUAGUUAAGCAUCUUAAAUCGGAAAAGAUUUCUCCUUGCUCAACGGGAAAUCUUGAGGAUUCAAAUGCUUGCGCUGGUAAUACGCUGUCUUGGCCACUGUCAACCAGCAAGGUCUUAUUUCUUGAAACGCCAAAGAGCGGCACCGUAUUAAUUCUCUUAUCGGAGAUCAACGACUUUUUGCAAAAUCGACAAUUAGGCUUGCGGUCCAUUUCACUUUGUUUUCAGACGGAGCAAAACAUGGCUCAUUUCCCGUUAAUUUUCCCAGGAGCUACUCACGCGCGAAAUUGAUUGACAGAUAGCGAUCUUACUGACAGGUGUUCGGCAAGAUAAUUACAAGAGGGCGGAAUAGCGGCCUCAAGUGUUUGUCUACAGGCUCUCUCCCCUCCUUUCCCUUCCUUUUCCUUGCUAUUUUUUCCCCUAAACAGAGAGCCUGUUCACAGGCUAGUUAAUGUUUAGAUCUAUAAUAUAACUUUUGUAACGUAAAUACGCAAUUCAGUUUUCGAACUGCUAUGUAUUCAUGAAUUAAUAAACUUCAAACUUCACACUUCCGGUAAUUCGUUGAGUCCAUAGGGGUCCAGAACAAAACUGAACAAGGCCUAUCGGCGCUGCUUCGCAGACAUUAAUAACCGGGGUUAGAUUACGUCUGCGACGCAUGUAAUAAAAACCAAACCUCUUUGGGUGUUUACCAACCGCGGCAGGAUUAGCUCAGUAAGUAGAGCGCUUGACUGCAGAGCGGAAGGUCGCGGGUUCAAUUCCCGGGGUCGGACCUAUACUCAGGGUCUUAAAAUAAUUGAGAAUAUUGUCCCGAAUAAGUAUUUUCGUGCUAAAUACCUUGACACUCAAAUAAAGUGCAUUUUUUUUUAACAAUAUUGACUUCCUCAAAUUAUGUUUUAUUGUUGUUAGGUUGAUGUCUACAGCUUUGGUGCUCUUCUUUGCGAAAUGUGCAUCCGACAACUUCCAGAUCCUCAAGGGCGUAACGAACAAGUGGUGCUUGUAACGAACGGUGUGUUUCGUUUCCUGGUGCGGCGAUGCAUGCAAAGAGAGCCUGGGGCGAGACCAGCCAUGCAGGAGAUAAUCGAUGAACUGAAAGAAUUCGAUCCAAUUUCUUAA